AUGGAUCAUUAUAGUCCCCAAGAGCUUGACUGCGUCUUAUUUGGCCCAACCGUGGUUCAAUGGACUCAAGAAACUCUCAAGAGUAUGCAACACAUGUUGCAAAAGCAACCAGAGCUAAAGUUCCUCCGCGAAGCAUUGAUAGAACUUCCUUCCCUGUGGCCAAUUCUUCAGGGGAGCGAUGCUAGUCUUCCUGUCUCAGGACUUGAAGCCCUACAAGAACUAUCUGGCUUCGCAAUAGGGACUGGCCUACUUGAUGUUACGUCCAUUUCGAACAUCCAUCUUGCUUCCUUAACUAUUAUUUCCCAAGCAACCGAGUUCAUUAGUUCGACUGGCCUCCUAAAUAGCUAUAAAGCCGACGGACAAGGCAUCGAUCCUUCAUGGGAACUUCCAAAGCUUCGAGCGGUUCAGGGAUUCUGCCUCGGAUUUCUAUCUUCUGCCGCCGUAGCGUGCUCAAGGAAUUGUAUGGAUCUCGAGAAGAACUUUUCCGUCGCAAUACGCAUUGCUGUAUGUAUCGGCAUGGUAGUCGAAGCAGAAAAUCUAGCACAUAGACAUGAGGAACGUAUGGUAGCGCUCUCUGUUAGUUGGAAGACAGACACGGACAGAACCUAUUUGGAGGCCUGUCUCGACAUGUACCCUAGGGCCUAUGUAUCCUGCCUCACAGACGAAAGAUGUAUCACUAUUACCUUGCCAAGAGACGAUCUUCCCGGCUACAUCAGCCAAAUUCGACAGGCGAGUAUAACGACCCAGCCUAUCGGACUGCAUGGUGGUUUUCACAACGAGAGAUACGCCCGAGCUGCCAAAGCACUUGGGGAUCUUUUUAAAGAUCAGAGCAUUUUCCAGCUGCCCGAUUCUAGCGAUCUCAUGUACGCCUUGAGAUCCAAUGGCGACGGAAAGGUGCUCAAGUCAGGGCGUCUGCAUGACAUUGCCAUAGACACAAUCUUGUCCAAAAGAUGCCAUUGGUUCCAGGUAGUCAAAAAUACCCUGGAGGAGCUACCUCCUAAUGUUUGCCUACUCCCUAUUGGCAAAGGGUCCUUCGUACCUAGAUCAUUAUCAAGCAAAAAGAGGAUUCCCAAUGAUCUCACCUCGCAAGGAUCCUCCGUUUCUCCGGUCAACUUCCCCAGUAGCCCAACGGAAGAAAUUGCAGUCAUCGGGAUGUCUUGUCGUUUUCCAUCUGCUAACUCGUCUGUCGAGUUCUGGCAAAUGCUCUUGCAGGGGAAAACCAGUAUCGGCAGAGUAUCUCCUAAGCGGUUCGACACAUCUAAUAUCAACCGGGAACCGAAGGAUAUGAAGUUUUGGGGGAACUUUCUUGACGACCAAGUUGCUGCAGCAUUCGAUCAAAGAUUCUUUGGUCUACUAAGCCUCGAAGCCAAGUCCAUGGAUCCGCAACAGAGACUCGUCCUCCAAGUUGCAUACGAAGCCCUUGAAUCUGCGGGUUAUUACAGCCCAGCCCCCCGAACCUCGGAAGUUGGGUUCUAUCUCGGGGUAGGUUCUGUGGACUACGAAGGUAAUGUGGCAUCUAAAGAUGCAACCGCCUUUUCUGCCCUUGGAACUCUUCGGGCAUUUCUCAGCGGGCGAGUAAGUCAUCAUUUCGGGUGGUCUGGCCCUUCCCUCACCAUUGAUACGGCUUGUUCGUCUUCUGCUGUAGCCAUUCAUACAGCCUGUCUGGCCCUCCUUACCAAUGAGUGCUCCAUGGCCUUGGCAGGUGGUGUCAAUGUCAUCACCUGUCCAACAUUAUACCAAAACUUGGCCGCAGCGUCCUUUCUGAGUCCAAGCGGGUCAUCCAAAGCCUUUGAUGCGUCCGCUGAUGGUUACUGCCGAGGAGAAGGCGCCGGUAUUGUCAUUCUGAAGCGCCUAUCCGAGGCGCUCGCGGAUGGAGAUCUCAUAUUAGGGGUAAUUUCUGGUUCUGCCGUGAAUCAGGGAUCUAAUUGUUCUCCCAUUACCGUUCCACAUUCUGAGUCUCAAACCAAGCUUUAUCGGCAGGCAUUAUCACGCGCCUCGAUAAAUGCCCAAGAGGUGACGUACGUGGAGGCACAUGGCACAGGCACUCCAGUCGGCGACCCUAUUGAGUACGAGAGCAUACGUAUGGCGUUCGCCAGUGCAUCUCGUCCAAGCAAACUCUUCUUAGGUUCGGUUAAAGACAAUGUAGGCCAUACCGAGGCAGCCUCCGGAGUGACAGGCUUGAUCAAGUGUUUACUGAUGAUGGAACACGGCAUCAUCCCUAAACAGGCCAACUUUUGCAACUUGAAUCCCAAGAUAAAGGAGUCGGAACAAAUUGUAAUUCCACAAUCGACACAGUCGUGGCCGGGUCGCCGUGUGGCUCUUAUCAACAACUAUGGUGCAGCAGGCAGCAAUGCAGCACUUGUUCUGAGGGAACACGUGCCAGUGAGUCAGGGCAGUACUAUUAAAGAACUUGAACUCAGUAUACCAUGCCCGUUGCUUGUAGCGGCAAAGUCUCAGGAGAGCCUCGCGUUAUAUCUGGAUGCUCUGAGAGAGUGGCUCCCAGGGUAUGCAGGAUCCUUUGCCAAUUUAAUGUUUAACAUUGCGCGGAAACAGAACCCAUCAUUCCAUCAUCGGUUAGCCAUCACGGCAAGAAGCGGUUCAGGGCUCAUUUCGCAACUCGACGCGCGGUCAUCUAAACUAUCAGAAAGAAAUAAGCUAGAUGGUAAAAAAUAUCCAGUCAUUCUAUGCUUCGGUGGCCAGAAUGGACGUAUCGCCACUAUUUCCAAGGAAGUCUACGAUAAUUCGAAAUCAUUGCAAAAUCACCUGGACAAAUGCAACAAAGCAUGCCAAUCCCUUGGCCUUCCGAACAUAUAUCCCGGGAUCUUCGAUGAUAAACCCCAAGGAAACCUCGCCGUUCUUCAUUGCACCCUCUUCAGCAUCCAAUAUGCCACGGCUAUGACUUUGAUUGACAGUGGAGUUGAGAUAGACACCCUAGUCGGACACAGCUUUGGACAGUUGACAGCCUUGUGCAUCGCUGGCUCAAUAUCGUUAGGAGAUUCUUUGAAAUUCAUUUCAGGUCGCGCUCAUCUUCUAACAGAUGCUUGCGGGGACGAAGCCGGUCGUAUGAUUUCGGUAGAAUCGAGUCUCGACGAUUUAAACGCAAUAAUCAGCCUAGUCAACUCGAAACCGGGUUACCGCGUGGAAAUAUCCUGCUAUAAUGGACCACGGAGCUUUGUGUUAGGUGGAAACGAAGAAUCGAUGAAAUGCCUUGAGCAACAGUGCACAACCAGGGGCACGAUAUUUCACAAGCUAAAGAAUACCCAUGCUUACCACUCAUACGUUGUUGACCAUAUCCUUCCAAAGCUGAGGACGCUAGCGAGCUCCAUCAGUAUUAAGGCGCCUGCAAUGCGGAUGGAGACGUGCUCCAAAGGUAGCACGUGGACCAAGUUCACUUCAGAGGAGAUUAUACAACAUACACGCGAUCCGGUAUAUUUCGCUGACGCGGUGCAAAGAAUUAACCAACGAGUUCCCUCGGCUGUCUGGAUUGGGGCUGGUUCUGCAUCGCCUGUCAUCCCAAUGGCUCGUCGUGCCCUCGGAUCCAGUGCAGAAGCAGAAAACGUAUUUGUCCAUCUUAAUCUGAGUAGCUCCAACGCCCUCUCUCAGCUCUCAGAUGCAGUUUGUCAGCUAUGGGAAGCUGGAUCAAAAGCCCAAUAUUGGCCAUUCCAGGGGUCUCACGGUAACUGGAAAAAUAUUAGUGUCCCCCCUUACCAGUUUGAGAAAGUUCAACAUUGGAUUGACUACAAACCUCCAUCCGCCGGGAACAAAACUAUCACAAGUCACGAUCUAAGUUAUAAUAAGCCCUUGCUCAUGAGAGAUUCCGAUAAAAAGCUUUUCAUAGUCAACAAAGCCAGUGGAUCUUUCGACCUUGGGGUACGCGGCCAUGCCGUAGUGAAGCAAAGCCUGUGUCCAGCUUCCAUGUAUGUCGAACUCGCAGUCAUGGCCGCACAAAUUGUAUUGGGGACCAAGGAGGGGCAUACUCCCCAGAUCAAGGAUUUGACAAUGGAUGCGCCUUUGGGGCUAGGGCUAGAAAGCCCCCUAUAUCUGCAGUUAUGUGACUUGUCAAAUACCUCCUGGGUUUUCCGCGUUUUCACGGGUUCGAAAGAAGGACUACCAGAGACAUACCAUGCAAGUGGCGAAGUUUGCCUGAUUCCAUUUGGAGACCCGAUCUUAGCAACUCGUAUAGAACUCUCCAAGCGCCUCGCCAGGAACGCCCGGACCCAACAAAUUCAGGAGUCACCGCAGACAUCCACAGUAAGUGGUCCUAUGGUAUACCAACUCUUCUCGGAUGUAGUCAACUACGCCACAUACUACCAAGGAGUCGAAUCGGUGUCCGCGAAAGGGAACGAAGCGAUCGGCUUGGUAAAGGUCCCUGAACGGCCGGUCACGCUGGAUCAUAUCGCAGGUGUUCAUGUCAAUUGUCUCUCGGACCGACGGAAUAACCAGGUAUUCGUCUGUACGAAGAUGGAGGAGCUGUUGGUUUCCAAGGCAUUUACCCAGAACAAAGUCGUUAACCGAUCCUGGAAUGUCUACUCGAAAUAUCACCAAUCCCCAGAUGAGAACAGCGUGAUUAACGAUAUUUUCGUUUAUGACAUACUCACUAAAGAUUUAAUUCUGGUGAUUAUGGGCGCUACCUUCAAAGGGGUUGCAUUCAAGUCCCUAGAGCGAAGUCUUUCGAGAUUGAAUAAGGCUGGUACGCCGAAAGACCAUAUAUUGACUACCAUAGACUCCGGCUAUCAAUCUCCAGCCAUCGAGAGCUUGGACACUCCAACUAGUGACACAAAUGAUACGACACUAGCUUCAGAUAGUGAGGAAACACAGCGAAAGGAGAACCCGACCCUCCAAAAACUACGAAUGAUGUUUAGCGAAAUCAUGGAGAUUCCGUUGGAUGAAAUUGGACUGACAUCGACCCUUGAUGAACUCGGCGUUGACUCACUCAUCGCUACGGAGGUACUCGCAGAAACAAAUAAGCGAUUCAAUCUCUCAAUCACUGCCGUAGAGUUUCAACAGUUCGGCGACGUGCAAUCAUUGUACCUUUACAUUCAGCCAAAUGGGGUUUCGGAAAUACCCGCUGUCUCUAGACAACGAGUAGGCGGGUUUAGCCAAGCCCAAACCCAAACUAUCGAGGAGUCUAUAAACAUAGCAGAUACGGAAACUGCUUCUCAAGAUAACUUCGCCGAAUUGAGCCAGGGAUACUUCUCGGACGUACGAGGUACAAUGAGCAGUUAUGCAGACGAGACGGGAUUCAGAAACUUCUGCAAAAACGUAUUGCCAUUACAAAACGAACUUGUCACUACCUAUAUUAUCGAAGCAUUCGCCACGUUGGAGUGCUCAAUAGCCAAAGUACGAGAGGGUGGUAAGGUAAAGCCUAUUCUCUAUGAACCAAAACACCAAAAGGUCGUCACUCGACUAUAUGAGAUUCUGGAGGAACAGGGACUAGUCGCGUGCGAGAAUGGCGACUACAUUCGCACAGCAAAGGCCGUCUCAAGUGCCCGAUCUUCGACGCUAUACGACUCGAUGAUCCAACUUUUCCCGGCCCACAGCUCGGAAACGAAGCUGCUUCAUACUACGGGGCACAGACUAGCAGACUGUCUAUCCGGUGCGGCGAGCCCCCUGUCUCUCAUCUUCCAAAACGCCACGGCCCGCUCGUUGCUGGAGGAUGUAUACACCAACGCGCCGAUGUUCAAAGCCGCAACGAUGCUCCUAGCCCAGUAUUUGGCCGGGUUGCUGCAGCGCUCGGCGGGAAACCGCAGGAUCCGCAUUCUCGAGCUCGGGGCUGGCACCGGCGGCACUACCAAGUACCUCGUGAAGAAGCUCCAAGCCGCGGGACGCGAUUUCACAUACACGUUCACAGACCUAUCUCCGUCGCUAGUAGCAGCCGCGCGUCGCAAAUUUUCUGACUGCCCCUUCAUGGAGUACGAAGUCAUGGAUAUCGAGAAACAGCCGGAUGCGCGAUUUCUCGGUGUCUUCGAUAUUGUGGUAUCAAGCAAUUGCAUCCACGCAACCAGGGACCUAGUCCUUUCGACAACAAAUAUCCGCAAAAUGCUGAAUGCGGACGGCAUUCUGUGCCUCGUGGAGCUCACGCAGACGCUGCCCUGGUUCGACCUGGUCUUUGGCUUGCUCGAAGGCUGGUGGCUGUUCAAUGACGGCCGUCGGUAUGCGCUGGCCGACGAAUAUCAUUGGGACCGUGUCCUACGUGAAGCCGGCUUCCAGUAUGUGGACUGGUCGGACAAUACGGAACCCGAGUCUGCCAUCCUCAGAGUCAUUGUAGCCUCAGCUUCGAGCAGGCUGGCUUCGUCGCAGAAUUGUACUGCUGAUACGAUGGAGACAGUGGUAUUCAAGCACGUAGACGGCUUAGAUCUUCACGCAGACAUCUACUACCCAACCGACACAGUGGAGCAGCACAAAAAGCUUCCAGUGGCUCUGAUGAUCCACGGCGGAGGGCAUAUCAUGCUAUCCCGCAAGGACGUGAGGCCAGACCAGACAAAGCUCCUCUUAGAAAAGGGGUUCCUUCCCAUCAGCAUAGAUUACAGGCUCUGCCCAGAAACGACUCUACAGGGGGGUCCCAUGAAAGAUGUAGCCGAUGCUCUUAAAUGGGCCAGGACGAUUCUUCCAAAUAUGCCCCUUCGGAGGCUGGAUAUCAAACCGGACGGCGGAAGGGUUGUAAGUAUUGGCUGGUCCACCGGUGGCUUUCUGGCUCUAUCCCUCGGCUGGAAUGCGCCUAGAGGCAUCAACGCUCCAGACGCCACCUUGGCGUUGUACUGCCCCAGCGACUACGAGGACGACUUCUGGAUGAAGCCGAAUAUCCCCGCAGGCACGGAUGCGGCGGCAGCACAGUUCCGAACUGACGAUAUAUGGGAUGGCGUCUUUGAGGAGCCCAUCACAAGGUACAAUAUUGCAGCCAGUAAACGCGCCAUCGGAGGCUGGCUAGCCCCGGGUGACUCUAGGAGCAAGGUCAGCCUUUACAUGAAUUGGCGGGGGCGAACGCUUCACGUUCUACUACGGGGACUAGAUCGGGCUACGCGUGUGGAACCGCCGGCGCCAUCUCGUUCGUUAAUCGAGACAGUCAGCUUAUACCCUCAGGUCCGAAGUGGCAGGUACACGUCGCCGAGUUUUCUCAUACACCCGAGACAGGACGAUUUGAUUCCCUGGGAACAGGCGCACAGGACCUACACUGUGAUGGCAGAAGCAGGCGUCGAGGCAGAAUUACGUGUGUUGGAAGAUGUUGGACACCUAUUCGACACGGUUCGGGGCUGGGAGUCUAAUAAAGCAGCUGCGAGGGCUGUGAGGGACGGCUACGAUUUUCUCUGCAGACAUGUUGGUCUCUGAUGGUGUAAGUAUGAUAGGACACGGUAUUCACACUAUUGUGAGAUUAUGCAUACCAAGGUACCUCUUUACCAAAGGUAACCCAUCUAGAUACACACCCCAUUGAUGUGCUAUGAUGAUGUAGAUUAUCUCAGUAGAUAAUUUUACACAUAUCCGCCCGAGAGGCGCAUCUACAGCACGUGAGAUGUCUAUAGUACUUCCUUCGAGAGAAACAGAGCUAGAGUCUUGUCUGCCAUAUGAGAUCUUCCUCAUCCUGCCUAUAUCAUUGCUCUACCUAGUGGCGGGAUUUACACUAGGAGAAGGAAACCCGCCGGACAUGCCUUCUAAUAACGGGUCAGGACCGCCCCUGUCAGCACCCGAAAAUGCCCAGAGGAAAUAUUGAUGCACUAUAAGGUAAAUACCUAGCAUUAGGUACUGUUUGAACUGAGACCUACAUGUAUGUACC